CUCAUCCAAAAAAUCGUAGACAACAUUGAUGACCUCGACGUGACUGGAGCACUUCUGGCGAUUGCGAAUUGCGGCGGGAUUCAGAGCCUGAACGAAUCGAUGAUGCAAACUUUCUAAUCUUGAAGGAGCAUAGUGGAAGUCGAUCCUUACGAUCCUACCAUUACAAGAAAAGGGACAAGAAAACAGGAUGUACAUGGCACUGAAUACCUGCUCAUUUGGAAAUAAAUUCAAAACCAUGCAAGGAAUCGAAUUGGACGAUUGCUUGUUACAGCAGUGAAAACAUACUUCUCUAACAAUAAUUAUAAGUGGCCAAGAAUUCAAGAAGUUUAUCCUGCAAGAAACAAAAUGGAUGACAGCAGUACGGCGAGUAAAGGCCGGUGCUGCAGAUGUUCGGUCACCACCUGUCGGUGCAUCGUGGCAGAAUUCUUCUGUAUGUUUCUCUUCAUGUUUAUCGCUGGAACGACAGAUCUUGCAUGGGCAGAUCGUCCACCUACAUCAGAAUUACAGGUGGCAUUGACCCUUGGUUUCGCAGUCACAACAUUGACGCAGUGCUUCGAUGCAAUCAGUGGUUCGCAUCUCAACCCGGUGGUGACUAUGGGCUUCAUCAUAACCAGACAGGUUGGUCUAAUCAAAGGAAUUGUCUUCCUGGCUGUUCAGUUCACUGGAGCUUUUACCGCUUGUCUUCUACUACAAGGGUCCAUUCCCGCAGAUUUACAAGGCUCGCUCGGUUCCACUAGCCCAUCAUCUGAAAUAUCUUCCCAUCUCGCUUUCGGCAUUGAGCUUAUCCUUACGUUUAUCUAUGUCUUUGUUGUGCUAUCGUCAUGGGAACUGAGGUUGCCCGAGAGUGGCUACUUGCCCGGCUGUAGAGCACUUGUUAUUGGCAUCACCUACAGUAUGAAUACAAUGUGGGGGUAUGCGUUUACUCAGGCAAGCAUGAAUCCAGCUAGGUCUUUAGCUGCUGCUGUUAUAACAAACGUGGAUACAACAUUAUGGCUUGUCUUAUUAGAGGUAUAUGUGGCUGGGCCUGUAUUAGGUGCUGUGGUAUCAGCGCUCAUUUACAAGUACAUCUUCGCCACGAUGGCGACCAGGGACCGACGGAGGCGGCAGAACGCGGGGGCUGCGAACGGCGAAUCGUCGGAAGAGGAAAACAUGGUCGCGCUACAGAGUAUUUCAUCCCCGAUCGGGAGGGUUAAGGAUACACGAGAUCUUUAGUUCUCCCGCGAGGAUAGCAUAUUAUCCAUUCUGUGACUGACGAUUAGAACUGAAGAUGUUGUAAACGCCUACUGCAUAUUGCGCUAUAUAGGAACCGGUAUGUAGCCGAACUGAUCCAAGAUGUCAGUAUAUCACCCCAGCUUUAGCCAAGGUGCCCUGAUACGGCAUUAAAGACUCCAAGGAAUAUUUUCCAACUGGGUACCGAUUAAUUCACCUGGGUGGAGAGUGGCAGAUGGAAUAAAUGCCUUGCCAAAGGAUGUUAGUGCCACCGCAGGGAUUUGAACCCUGUUAUAUGCAAUCCACAGUCCUUUUAAACAUGAGAUCAUGAUACAUCAAGGAAGCGCAUGACCACAUGUUAGUUAAGUGAUGGAGAGAAACACUCAGUAGUUGCUAGUCGUCAUCAUGAAGAAGCGUUUCCAUCAAAGCAACACAUAAUCAUAUAGCCCUGUUUGGUAAACCUCUAUCUUGGAUUGAAGAGUACUUUGUAACAUCUUACAACAUCAUAUUUCAGGUGGAAAUCAUGAUUAUUUAUACUACCGGUACUUUAAAGGUAAUGAUUAAAGUUAUUAUGAGUGCUCUGAAUAUUCUUGCUAUCGAACAUCAACAUGUUGAUCAUUAUCAGUCACAUAUCAGCUGGGAAUGUACAUGCAUCAUAUGUAACCACUCACAAUGGUAACCUGUGGUGAUGUAACACGAGUAAAUAUAGAGAGCUUCAGAAUAUUCAAAGUGUAUUGAUUCCUGUGACAUGACAUAAAAGUGAAAUAUAACAAUGUUUUUUGUCAAGUUGAUGUAGACACCCUGGAGUCAGUAGAGUUUAGAAUAUUCCCCAUAAUUCCUGUGGUACUUUAAUUUUCUUUGUCUUUUUAUCUUUCCAAUUUUUUAGCAACCUUUGUCUGAAAUUGUAAAUUAUGUCUUAAUUUAAACUAUUUUUAACCAUUUAAAUAGAAAAGCCUGGUACUGUAUUUAAUGGCCAUCAUUAUAAUUAGUCCCAUUUGUAAGGAUGUAAUUUGAGUUCCUUGUAUGAGUCAUGGAAAUUUGGUACAACCUUAUAAGGAGUUAUUUUAUUAUUCAACAGUUGUUAAUGAAUCAUAUUUAUGUGUGUGUUGUAUGCAAUUAUUUACAACAAAGGCACUGCACUGCAAGCAGGGUUUGAUAACAAAAGAAAGGAAACAGCACUGGACACUAGAUGGCAGUAGACUGAAAUAUGAAGUUGCCUGGUUGGGUCAAUCGUGUUAAAGAAUGCCACAGUGCUACCAUGUGUCUUCCUCUUUCUCUUUCUCUUUUUAUCUACCCCCCCCCCCCCCUAUCAUUUCUUCCCACUCUCUUUUUGGUUGUCGGUCAGAAUGUAAACAAGAAAAGAAUCGUACCCACUCAAAUUGUAGGAAUGUUCUGGGCUUGUCAAUUUGUGGUAGAUUUCAAGUUGAAAAUGUACUCUCAAGUUUAUAUCCAAUUUGAAAGAAAUGUACAACGUUCUGCUGACAGAAACACAGUUGAUCACAUGUUUGUAUGAAUAUGAAUAUAAGUACAUGUAUGCUGUCAUUAAAAACUGUUUGUAAUGUACAUGUAGUUUGAUCUGAUUGAAACGAUAAACUGAAUGAACGAUUUGAAGUUAGUCAGUUCCAAUUUAACCCUUACAGUGGAUUUUGAAGGUUUAAAUUUCCAUAUCUUCUUACUCUGUCUGAUAUCUUUUGACCAAGAAAAGCUUGUUUGUUUGUUUGUUUGUUUUUCAUGAAAGAUGGGUGCAUGAAUUGUGUUGUUAGGUAUGAAAAACUGUAACAAGUUGAAAAUUGAAGUAUGAAUUAUAGAUCUAUUCAAUGAUCCAUUUAUGACUUUGUGGCACCGUACAGGGUGACGAUGAAAGGAUGAAUUUAAAUCAUGUUUUCGUUCACUUUUUUUAAUUGGCCUGGACUGAGCUAAAACCUCUUAACGGGUUUGGGUUUUUUUUUGUGUGUGUGUGUCUUAUUUAUCAGCAAAAAGAGGGGGGGGGGGGGACUUGGGGGAGGGGUAGGACUUGAUCACAGAAAGUGUGUGAACAUUACAAUGUGAGGUAACGUGUGUUUUAUACCAAACUACCUGUUUUUUGUUUGUUUUGUUUGUUUGUUGAUUGUUUUUUCUUGAAGCAAGGUAAAAUAUGUGUGAACAAGGUUGUGUGUUUGUUAAGUGGUGAACUAUGCAAGCCAUACUUGCCAGGGUAUGGAAAAUACUUGUCUGUUCAGCAGCGUGGAAAGACAAAUCAUUUGUCUUCAAUCUUUCAUAUGAAUUGUACAAAUUCCAUAUACAUCAUUAUGUCUUUUUCAAUUCUCUCAAAUGAUUGCUUACAAUUUGAGGUACAUGUAUAAUGAAUCAUAUAUUUUUCUGUCUCUUCUCUUUCUGUACUCUGUAAAAAUUCAUGUACUUAAAGAAUAGCUGCAUUCCAAUUCCAUAUUUACACCAUUCCAUGAAAAUUCCAACAAUUAUGUAAAUAUGAGGUGUAGCUGAUAUUAAUUGUGAAUUAUUAUGUUCUCAGUUUGUAUUGUUGAUCUUGUCUGCUUGGAGCCACUAAGGAAUUCGUUUUGUGUUAACCCAUAGCAGUUUACCGUCACCUUUUAGUGACCUUUUCGUGCUUAUCUUUUGAUCAAGAAUGCUCUGAAUUACAAAUUGGUUAUGAGCUGAAAAUGCAUAAAUGUCUUGCCAAAGGAUGUUAGUGCCACCACAGGGAUUUGAACCCUGCAAUAUGCGAUCCACAGUCCACUUAUACACAACACGUCAAGGAAGCGUGUGACUGUAGCAGUGUGUUGUGCCGUUUGUAAAGAGAAAUGAUAUAAUUAAAAUUAAUCAUUGACAUCUCUAAAUUGGCAAUGCAGAAUGAAAUUUAAAAUCUCUGUUUCAUGUCCACACUAGUCAAUUUCUUGUUUUUGAUUUUCUUCUGUAAAGUUCAUUUAAGGUACAUUUGUAUUUUUUUAACUGAGUAGGAUAUUCAAAUAAUUGUUACCAAUUCGAGGAGGAAAGGCUGAAUCACUUAUUAGACCUAUAGAAAACGUUACUGUUAUGGGUUAAGGUAUUUUAGUUAAUGCCUUGUGGCUCCAGACUGAAAUUACAUUGUACUUCAAUGUCAAAUUACACAAAACCGUUAUGCAAAUGUUGAUGAUUUGUACACUGACUGAGGUCUGUGCUUUUUACAGGGAUAUGUACCAAAUAUAUUUAUGAAAUGCUUUUGUAAUUUAAUGUCAAUUUUUCUUGUACAGAUUCCAAAUUUUAACAUGUGACAUUUUGGUAUGUACUGUAUGGAUGUAUAUUGACUGAUUACAUUAUGUGCAGUUUGUAUGACUUUUAUUUUUUAUAGAAGAGCAGGUCAAAACAUGAAAUAGUACAUUUUAGUGAUGGAAAUGUAAAGUAUGUUACAUGAAAUUGUUGUUUAUGAUAUGUUUCUGAUUUCCAAUAUAUUCUACCUCCUAUAUA